AUGAUAGUCAACAAGAAGUUUGAUCGGUUGAAGCAAUGGGGACGCGAGCGCAUGGGAAGCGAGGUGAAGACCGACACGAGCGAUGAGUUCAAGGCAUUGCAGAUGGAAAUGCAGCUGCGACAUGAUGGCAUGGAACGACUCGAUCGCUCAGCAAAAGGCUACAUGAAAGCCAUCUCCACCCGUUCAGCAGGCGAGGAGAAAGAGAAAGUCCUUCCAGUCGCCUACUUUGGCUCCGCUAUGAUUGCGCACGGCGACGACUUCGAACCCGACAGCGAAUUUGGCCAGUGUCUGUCCUCGCUUGGCCGAGCCAACGAACGCAUCGGCCGCAUGCAGGAGACAUACUCGGUCAAUGCAACAAGCACCUGGCUGGAGAGCGUUGAGAGGAGUCUGGUGCAGAUGAAGGAGUACCAGUCCGCCAAGAAGAAGCUCGAGAGUAGGAGAUUGGCAUAUGAUACGGCACAGCAGAAGAUGCAGAAGACUAAGAAGGAGGACUUCCGCAUGGAGGAGGAGCUAAGGAGUCAAAAGGCGAAGUUCGAGGAGAGCAGCGAGGAUGUCUAUCGGAGGAUGCUGGACAUCAAGGAGGCUGAGGCGGAUAGUGUCGCAGACUUGUCGAGCUUCCUUGAGGCAGAGCUUAGCUACUAUGAUCGUUGUCGGGAGGUGCUUCUGCAGCUGAAGCGAGACUGGCCGGCGCAAGUCCAACCAAGCAAUCGUUCCGACACAGCGAGCCCAGUCAAUGGUAUCGCACGUCGCGGGACUCGCUCUCGUGCCAGCUCAAUGACCCAACGAUUCGCCGGCAUAGCCGAGGACGAGCCGCUCGAGCCUCCCUCUCGUCCUACCAUCAGCUCUCGUGUCCCAUCUGGGCAGAACUCUCCACGACGAGAAACGCCGGGUUUCGACUUUCCCAUCCGACCAGCAGCCCAACGCGCAGCUUCCGGCUUCGAAGGACCAACAUCAAUAUCCCGCAACGAGUCUCCAGCUGGUAUGCCUCGCCUCUCACGUGUGCCUACCGACCCUAUCGCUCUCAUGGCGGCCGCCACUGGAGGCAGAGAUGGUUUGAGGGUGAGCAAGAGGGACAGCCAGAUCGGCAAUGUCUUCGGCGACGAUCAGAGCGACUACUCUACCGAGCCUUCUUCCGCUUUCGAUCGACUACAGCAUUCACGGACUUCGAGCUUCUCGCAGCAGGAUGGUGGGAGGAAGGCUCCGCCGCCGCCGCCACCGAGUAGGUCGAAGAAACCACCGCCUCCUCCACCGCUCAAGAGGAGUGCUCUUAGUACGAGUGAGAUCCCACACUAUUGA